GCGUCACUCCGCUCCUGGGCGCCUCGCUCCUGCAGACAGAGACAAUAAAAACACUGAUCUUUAUUUUUAUUAUAUUCUUUUUUUUUUUUUCUGACUUUAUUAUUGUUGAAGCAGAGCCGUGUCUCUUUAAACUGGUCUGACUAAAAGAGCCCAUCUGAUCCCGGAGCGCCAAUCAGAAGCUGCUCGCGCUGAAGCUGCAUUUCUGUCUGUCUGCGCGCAGCUGAAGUGAGGAGGAGGAGGAGGAGGUGGGGGGAGACUGAGGAGAGGGCACAAACUGCAGAAAUGUGACAACCAGACCAUCCUGUUCAUGGCGAGGGCCGAACCGGACAGAGAGGAGUUAUUCUGGGACUCCUUCACCGCCGGAUCAAAAUGCUCGUAGUGGAGAAGACCACAGACUUCCCCUGUGCUGAGUUCUCUCUGGUGGAGGAUGUGGCACUGCACUUCACCUGUUUGAUGGACAGGCUGAACGAGCAGCGCCUCUUCCAGCCCGACCUGUGUGACGUUGACAUCGUUCUGGUCCACCAUCGCAGCACCUUCCCGGCUCACAAGGGCGUGCUGGCAGCCUACAGCCCUUUCUUCCACUCCAUCUUCGCCCAGAGCAAGCAGCUGCGGCGYGUGGACCUGUCGCUGGACGCCCUGACCUCCCAGGGCCUGCAGCAGAUCCUUAACUUCAUCUACACCUCCAAGCUGCUGGUGAGCGGCAGCACUGUUCACGACGUGCUCAACGCCGCCACCCUGCUCCAGAUGAGCGACAUCGCGGCGUCCUGCCGCGACCUGAUGAGCASCCACUCGCUGAGGACCUGCAGAGACAUGGCCGAUCAGGAGGGGGCAGCCGCCGUGGCCCUGCCUCCAGGUCAGCUGUACCGAGAGAUCAAACUGGAGUCGGAGCUGGGCAGGGCGUACGCGAGAGACGGCAGCAGCCCGUUCUCCGUCAGGGUGGAGGAGUUGGGCAAGUCUCAGAUUAAACCGUACUAUCAGAAGGAGGAGGGUUCAGGGGGCGUGGCCAGCACGGGCGUGGCUGCUUUGUGUAAAGCGGAGGCCAACGGGGAGGAGUCGAAGACGRCGGACAGCCACUCCUCCUUCAACAGAGAGCAGAUCAUCGUCGAAGUCAACCUCAACAACCAGACUCUUAAUGUUUCAAAGGGAUCAGAGGGAAAGUCCACCACGGCCACAGAGUCCAUGUUUGGUCACUGCCACAACAAUGAGCAAGGCUCAGAGGRCGACGAAGACAACGAGGCAGAGAGUAAUGAAGCUGGGGAGGAGGACGCUGAAGACCUGAAGAGGGGUGACACACUGAGGCAGAGCAGCGAGGAGGAGGAGGAUGAUGAAGAGGAAGAGAACACCCAGAACUUCCCRGGGUUGGAGCAGCCCACCGCUCCGGAUCGACCUCGCCGAGCCACCGCAGCCUUGACCAUGGCGGGCGCCGCCGCCGCCAUGCGACAGACACUGGCCGAGGCGGCGCUCGCCAACCGGCGGCAGAGCGGGAGGGGCACGCCGGACGCAGAGGGCCCCGGCCAGAAGGUGAGGCUGGAGGAGAAGCAGCACUUUGCCUGCAAGAAGUGCCCCCGCGUCUUCAACAACCGCUGGUACCUGGAAAAACACAUGAACGUCACCCACAACCGCAUGCAGAUCUGCAACCACUGCGGGAAACGCUUCAUGCUGGAGAGCGAGCUGCUGCUGCACCAGCAGACGGACUGUGAGCGCAGCAUCCAG